GCCCCGUCGCCGACCCGUAGGACCGGUUCCGCGUCCAUCUUGGUUGCUAGGCAACCGCCAGCCACUAGAGGGAAGAAGCCAACCAGCCGGGGGUCGCAGCGCCAUGGACCUGGUCAUCACGCAGGAGCUGGCCCACGCCGAGAGCCAGCAAGAUGCUGCCUCCCUGCAGAGAGCCUACCAGCUGAUCAAGUCGGCCAACCUGGGGAAAUCCGAGUUUGACCCCACAGAAAGCUUCAGCCCUGACCUGUUUGUUCUGUGUGCGGAACAGGCCCUGAAGAUGGGGCAGCCGGACGUGAGCGAGGACUGCAUCCAGAUGUACUUCAAGGCCAAGGGGCCGGUCACCCAGUUCCUGGGCCGAGCGCACCUGUGCCGGGCCCAGCUCUGCGCCCCCAAGUCCACCGAAAACCUGGAGGAGUUUGAAAAUUGCGUGACUCAGUAUAUGAAAGCAAUAAACUUUGCGAAAGGAGAACCCAGGUAUCACUUCCUGGUAUAUAACGCAUCUGUCCUCUACUGGCAAAUGGUGAGGCCGUUUCUCAAGCCGGGAUAUCGUCACCAUCUGAUCUCCAGCCUCUCCCAGAUCGUAAACGUGUUAAACCAAACCGAGGAGGAAGACAAGGAGUGGCAGGCAGAGCUGAUGCUGGAGCUUCUGGAGUGUUAUCUACAAGCUGGAAAAAAGGAGGAGGCCGCGACGUUUUGUGCCACCGCAGCGCCCUUUAUAAAAGCUAACGUGCCCCAGAAAUACCGACACAUCUUUUCUGUUAUGGUGCGCCAUGAAUUACUGGAUGAGCUUCAGUUAAAGGAAGAAAAGAGAACCUCCAUAAGCCUGUCUGUCACCUACCACAUGAACGUGCUGAAAGCGAAAUUGGAUAAAAAUGAGUUACCUGAAGAUGUCAGCGCAAUUCUGAAGAAGACCUAUAAACACUUAAGUUAUUACAAUCACGAGCGCUUCCCUUCAAUCAGAGAGGAAAAAAUUCUUUUGCUUUUUGAACUGGCUCGUCUUUCCUUGAUCUUGAAAUGUGAGCAGAUCUCCUCUGACUGCAUCUCCGACUUGAAGAAAAUCGACAGCCAAGACCCUGGGAAGCUGAUUGAAAUCAAAUGCCUGGAGUAUGAAUUAGAAGCUUUAGGACUCGAAAGCAAAGUUAAAGUCUAUGUCCGAGCAGCUGUUGAGGCCCAGCUGAAUAUAGUACGGAGACUGGACAUCACGCUGCAGCGAGCCGUGCGCCUGGGCGACCCCGGGGUCAUCCACGUGGUGUGCACCACCCAGUGGAACGCGUGUCUCCCUUUGCUGCAGCACAACCUGAGACACCACCUGCGGAAGCCGCUGGCCAACGUCGCGGACGUCCUGGAGAAGGUGGACAGCCUCAUGGUCCUGCUCCGCUGCCAGGUGCACAUGGAAAUGGUGCACAUCGAGGAGGACGAGGACCGGCUGGAGCCGGCCAUGUGGCACCUGCAGAAGGCCAUGCGUCUGGACAGCCUGGGCCUCUACCAGGACCAGCUCAGGAUGGCCUUCAACCGGCUGUAUCUGUGCACCAGGCUGUACCAGUCCCCUGAGCGUGCCGAGGACAAGGCCGUCGUGGCCAUCGAGCAGGCCAAGAAAGCUAUCCCAAAAGACAGCGUCAGGAAGAAGCGGGCUCUCCUAGUGAACGCGGGCCUGGCCCUGGCCCCUGACACCUUCCAGAUUGUGCUCGACAGUGAGAACGAGGCCAAAGUGUCUACAGGGAAGACCAGGGGCCGGUUCAGCUUCCUGUUCGCGAAGGCACGGCACCACAUCAUCAGCGUGGACAAGGCCGCCGGGCACUUGUGGCGUCUGGGGGGCGAGAACGCCAGGGAGCGAAUACAGAUCUGGGCCGAGCUCGCCAAAGUCGCCCGGAAGCAGGGGGUGUGGGACGUUUGCCGGACAGCGUGCCGCUUCUGCCUCCUGUACGACAAUGUCAAGGCGAAGAAGCCAGCACGGCUGAAGAGAGGAAAGAAGAAGAGGGGCGGAGACAGCGCGGCCCAGGACGGCUGGGGCCACUCAGAAGUGACGUCGCAGCGGCAGGCGUCCCCGAGCCUGCUGCGCAAGUUCGCCGAAGUGGGGUUCAUCAACGCAGAGGCCACCGUCCACCUGCUGCGCUCAGAGGGCGUGCAGCUCAAUGACCACCCCACCCCCCCGGAGGACCCGAGCCAGCACUCGGCCGGCUACACGCUCGAGUGCCCCGAGGACAACACACAGUGGGUCGUGUACCGGACCUGGAUUGAGAGUCUGUCACAGGGCGCCAUGGACAGCUGGCUGCGGUGCGCCGAGAUAGGGCGAGAGAUCCAGGAAGGCUGGAUCGUGCAGAACGCGGUGGUCUACGUCCUCAACCACAACCGCCACCUCAUCGUGGCCGGGAGGCAGAGGGAGCUCGUGGACGCCUUGGACCACCUCCUGAGCAUCGUCAAGGCCACGGGCCACAACAGAGACUUCACUCUGCUGGGGAUGCUCUGCAACACUUUGGCUCGAGGCUUGAUUAUCAACUGGAUUCCGACCCAAGUGCCGGAAAAAUCUAGAAGACCCAUGCGCCCGAACCUGUUUCACACACCACUGGACUCAGGAGCCAGCGCUGAAGUCAGGACCGCGGUGGAGGUUUGUGAGUUCGCCCUGAACCUGAGCACCGGGACGGAGCCCGAGGAGGUGGUGCCCGUGAGCACCCAGCAGCAGCUCCUUGCCACCUGGGUGAAGGCCCGGCAGCUGCUACAGCAGCAGAUCGGGCCGCGGCUGGGCGCGGACGAGCAGAGUCCCAACGAGGACAUCAACUCGGUGACCAGAGUUCUCGUUGCUCUGGAGAUGUACUCCUGCAACGGGCUGGGCCUCAUGGACUUCUCCGUGCCCCCCUUGGCCCAGGUGGUGGAAAUGGCUUCCGAGUGCAACUGGUCGGACCCCCUGGUGGAGCUGCAGACCCUGACACGACUGACCCACUUUGCCCACAUGGCCCACGACCACGAGGUCGCCAUGGCCUGCUCGCAGAAGGCCAUCCAGAUGGGCAUUAGGCUCCUGAGGAUGUGUAGCCGGGUGGAGACUCAACUGGUGGCCGAGAUGCUGAGCACCACAGCCUGCAUCCAGGGCAGGAGCAUCCUGGAGAACCUGAAGGGCAGAAAGCAGCUGCGCCUGGCGGCCGCGAGGUCCUUCACGGAGGGCGCCAGGUUCGGGGGCAUUGCGGGGAGCAGCGCCCUGGUGAUGCUGGCUGUGAGGCAGUACUGGAACACCUGGCUCCCGCUCCUGUCCUCCGCGGCCAACAGGAGGAAAGCCAAGACUGUCGUACAGAGGCUCAUCGGCAUCAUCAAUAAGACAGAAGCAAAGAAACAGGGGAAAGGAAAAACACUGCUUCUGCACCAGUGGCCUACAGCGGACUUCCAAAGCGGAGGGACUCCCGAAGGGCAUUUUCUCCCAGGUGCCGAGGACGACCUGACGCUGCGCGCUGCGCUCUACGGCCUGCUCUUCCACUGCUACGCGGACCGCGGCGACUGGGAGGGGGGCCUCAAGGUGCUGGACGAGGCUGUGCAGGUGCUGCCGAGGACAGCGCACCGCCUCCUGAUUUUCAAACACAUGGUCAUCGUGAAGGCCAAACUUGGCCAGAAUUUUAUGAUGGAAAUACAGAAAUUCAAAGAUGAAAGUGAAGAUUACUUGGCACACAUGUGGCACCGUCUGGCCUUGAACUCCAGGAGUGUGCAGGGGGAGCUGACCUGCUAUCACAACGCUAUCCAAGCCUUACAGAAGCCAGAGAGUGACUGGCAAAAAGUAGAAUACAUCCUGGAAUUCAGCGAGUGGCUGUAUGACAAACAGUUUCCCAUGGAGGACGUAACUUUCCACCUGACGUGGGCGAUUCACAUCCUGCUGGCGAUGACACCUGCCAGGGACGCCCCUGAGCUGGCAGAGGAACAGCUGCCCACUCAGACAGCCCCUGAAAGUCCAGUGUCCGAGGCUGCGGGGACAGUCUCCGAGGCUGCGGGGACAGUCUCCUUGGAGAAGCUUUGGAACGUGAGGCAGCUGGAGGCGCUGGCCCGCGCCUACACCCUGCUGGCCCUGAUGGUGUCCCCGAGCGCGGCCAGCUACCAGGACUACUGCCUCAUGGCCUACACGUUCCUCAAGCGCAUCUGGCAGGUUUCUUUGUUAACAGCAGGAAGAUCAAUUUCAGAAAGCAGAAUUCUAGCAGCAACAGCUAGUUCACAUUUGCUACUGCCUAAAAAGGAGAAGGAGAAGAGGAAGGAAAAGAAAGAGAAGGAGAAGGAGAAGGACAGAGAGAAGGGCAGAGACCCCGAGCAGCUUCCAGCCGCGGUUCCUGGCAAACGGCUUGAGGACUUACCGGCCAGCACAGAGGAGUGGGCUUCCUACUCCUGCCCUGAGGAAGCGAUAUCUGUAUUUAAACAAGAUAAAAGCGACUUUACCGUCAACGCGUCAAGCAUCCAGAAGCCGACAUACAGUUUAUAUUAUCUGGACCACUUGGUCAAAGCCCUGCAGAAGAUGUCCCUUUACGAGCUCACCAUCCCAGUCCUGCAAUUGGGCGUACUAAUUGCAGCCUCCGUGGUAGACAGCAAGAGCCUCAAAGAUCUGUACCAUCUUCGACUUGCCCUAGUUUGUUCCGAUUUGAAGUUGCAAGAAGCAGCGACUUACCAUGAAGAGGUGGUCGGGCAAACAUACCUUUGUGACAUGGAGCAGGCCAGCUGCAGAAAAGAAAUCGCCUUGAGAAAGGAGAAAAACAAGGAACUGCUCUCCGAAGAAAGUCUGACGACGGUGCCCGAGCCCGUAACUGCGGUCCAGAAAGCAGAGACAAAGCCGCUCAUAGCGAAGGAUAAGAUCUUGAAGAUAAACGGAGAGACCGGGACUGGGCUGGAGGGGACGUCCUUUCCCCUUCUGUGGACCCUCAAGGCAGAAGUUCUGCUGGAGGUGGAUCUGUACCAGCCUGCGAGGCUGCUGCUGUCGGAGGCCUACCUGGCCUUCCAGGAGCUUGAUGAUCCUUGUGCCCAAGCAAGAUGCCUGCACCUUCUAGCGCAGCUGGCGAACAAGGAAAGAAACUACAGACAAGCUAAGCACUUGGUGCAGUGGGCGCAGCGCCUGGGGGGCAGCGAGGAGUUCUGGUACAGCUCAACCCUGACCCUGGCGGACACGCUCCUGUCCAUGGAGGGCAAAGGCAGAGAAGUGGCGGUCUGCCAGUUGUUUCAGAGACUGAUAGACACCUUCAAGCUUCUGCAAAAAGAAAGACCGAACCGAGUGCCCGUCUUGGAGUUUAUGGCCACAGACCUAGAGGCCAGGUGCGUGAGCCUCCAGAUCAAGGCCGCUCAGGAGUCAGCUGAUGGCGAACCUCCCGGAUGCUUGCUUCUGCUGAACAAAAUGGACGACUGCUUGACGGAAAUUGAGAAAAGGUUGAUCACCUGGGGCUACAGAGACAAUUGUGUGGAUAUAAGACUAGAGCGCGCCAAGAUAAAGAGAUUAUGUGCCCAGAACGAGAAAGACCAGGAGCAGAGAACUGCGUAUUACUUGGAGGCACAUGACUUAGUCCAGGGAGCUGUGGCUGAUGCAGAGGAGCUGUUCUGCAGCGUGCGGGCCUUACUGUCCCUGCAAGAGGUACAGAACGUCAACACGCCUCUGAGGAGGAGGCUGGCGCAGCUCCGACUCCACCUGGCGGAAGUGUCUCUGGACCUGCUGGAGCUCAUCUGGGCGGAGGCUCUGGCCCGCCAGUUUGAGCAGAGCCCCGUGGAGAAGCUGCUGCUCAGCUACCUGCAGAGCGUCAGUGACCACACCUCUGUCGGCUUGAAAUGGUUCACCCUGAAGCGGACUCUGGCCCACGUGGUGCUGGCGCAGCUGGGGGCCCUGCACUCGCUGCGCACUGGCUUCACAGAGCUCCGCGCCCGGCAGCUGGGCCUGGCGGGGAGGGCCCUGCGCCUGCUGGCCGUGCAGGCGGACCCCGUGCACCCCACCGUCUACUGGGAAGAGGGCCUCUCGGCAGGUGCUGAGCUGAGCGGCCAUAAGCCUCUGGAGACCACUCUGGAGGACGAGGCCGGCGAGGAUCGCUGCAGGGACCCGGGACCCUCCAGGGCCGCCUCCCAGGAGCACGGCAGGAAGGGCUGGGAUCUGCAGAGAAAGAUGAAGCUGGCCCAGCGGUACCUGGCCCAGGCGUCCGAGGUGCUGCUGCAGUGCGUGCGGGUGGCCCUGGGCGGCUGCCUCCCGGACAUCGCGGCGGCCGCCAGCCUGGAGAUGGUGGAGUGCAGCGGCACCCUGGACCCUGUGGCCACCUGCCAGUUCCUGGCGCUGUCUCAGAGCUGCUCGGCCUCAGAGAUGAUGCGGGACGUGCUGUUCACGGCCACGGACGACACCAGCAGCUCACAGCUGGCGGCCCUGCUGCGGCUGGAGCACCAGCUGAAGCGGAAGGGGAGGACGUCCACCAGCUUGUUCGCGAGCGUGAGGCAGAGGCUGGCGGUCGUUUCCAAGGCUUGGCAAAAUCUCUGGGUCACUGAGCAGCAUUUUAACCACCUGAAGGAAAUGCCGCCUACCUUUCGGAUUCUCUUUCUGCAGCACGGGCGGGACAGGACCCAUCUGUAUGGCGCUGCCUACGAGAGACCCAGGUCCGUCCCUGCGGCCAAAGGGAAGAUGCUCCAAGCGGGCGGCUUCUGCAAGGUGGCCCGGGUGGCCGUGAACCCAGCCACCUUCUCCUGCCUACUGGCCGAUGCCCAGCAGUUCCGGGAGCUGACCCAGGUAGAGGUGACCAAUGAGGACAUGGCCCUGAACUCAAGCACGGAAUUGGAAAAUGCGCCUCCUGAGAAGGAAGAGCACUCUCUGCGGAAGUUUGGGGAAGUCCUGGCAUCCAUGGAGGGGUACCUGAGGCCGCUGUUUCCAGUGCUCGGCAGCCCUGAGGCCAGAACACAGGUGCCCACCGUUGUCGCGGAUUCAGGGAGACCAAAGGGCAAAGACAAGGAAAGGAAAGUGUCCCUGCCCCGGGUUGAGCCCGAGGCUGCGAACGACACCAUCCUCAUUGCGGACAGGCAUCUUCUGGAGCUGCCGCUGGAAGGUCUCUCCGUGUUUGAGGAAGGGGUGGACUCCGUGGCCCGAGAGUUUUCCCUGCAGAUGCUGUGGAGCCGCCUCCGUCGAGAGGAGACAGCCGACGGGACUGUGAAGAAGGAGAGCAAAGGCAGACAGUUCAGGAAGAGAAAUCCAGCUAAGAAGGGACACAAGGACGCUGCGCCCCGGCUCAUCCCCCCCGACUGCAUCGUGGUCGACCCCGACAACUUCAAGUUCAUCGUGGACCCCUACGAGGAGGCCCGGGUCAUAGACAUGCGGACUCCUGUCUCCGUAACCCAGGAAAUUUUGGAAAGAUUCCGAGACUCGUUCACUGCUCUGUGGGUGGGACAUCUGGGAAACACGCACUUCCCGAGCCAGGCCGAGUGGGAGCAGCUCCUGGGCAGCUGCAGUGGCUUCUUCUUCUACGGGAUGGAGAGCUUCCUGUCGCACGUAGCGGUGGAAAGGUUGGCUGCCACGAACCUACAAGAGUGCCAGAUGAUGGUCCUGCUGGACCUGACGAGGUCCUACGCGAGCAUGCAGCGGCACACGGAGCACUCGGACAGCAAGAGUGUGGCCCAGCUGUCCCUGGAGAGGCCCGUCGAGACUGCCGUCCUUCUGAGUCUGGUGGGGGUCAGGAGCAUCCUGGCAAACCAGUGGCCGACCUUCCUGCAGGACAACGCGCUGCGGGCCAGCGUCCUGUGGGAAAAUCUGUUGACAGCUGGCAGGCCCAUCGGGAGGGCCGCCCACCUCCUUCGGCAGACGGGAGCUGGGGACACGAACAACCAUGGUAACAGCAGCUGUUCCACAUCCCCGCUCAUCCUCUGCCAUGCAGGGCCACCUCCCGGCCUGUGUCCCCGCCCCUCGUCUCUGCCAGUGUCCCUGCAGCCCCACAGCCCCGUGUCCCUGCCCGCAGCCCCGCAGCCCCGCAGGCUAGGGCGUCUGCCUCCUGUCUCUGCACAGGCUGACAGCAGCCUCAGGGACGCCUGGCGUCCUAAAUCCUUAAGGGAGGCACCCUGGCUGUUAGAACUGCCCGUCUGUCUUUAGAACCGUCCAAGUCACAUAAGUUCUGAAAGCCCAGGUGUGCUCCCUGGGAGCAGGGGCCCCGGGACUUUGUUCUUCAGAGCAGACAGACACCCUUUCACACCUUCACGUAAGGUGCUGGGGCUGAAAAUAAACACGACACCAGCCAUAGCUCGAGCAGCGCGUUAAAGGAACAGUCUGCCGUAACUAGGAGAGGUUUAUCCCAGGGUGACUUACCACGAAGUCUUCAGACAAACAGCACAAGGGGUUACGUGGUCCCCGGUGCCCAGAACGCAGUGCCAAACGAUAAGCGCGGCUUCAGUGGAUGGAGGAGGGAGGGAGGGCCUGGCGUCAGCAGGUGCAUGAAGGUCGAUGGCGUCUAGAAAGAGCCGGUGGCGGAGGAGCCGCUGACUUGCGCUGGGGGCAGCAGGAGAGGAAGCCGUGGCUCCUGCGUGCUCCGUGGUCCCGCGUUGAUGCGCAUUGAAAGGAAGGGACAGCACCGUGAUUGUCAUGCACGCCCUGCCCCCAGUUAGUGGUGGCGGCCAGCUGGUGGCAGGAGGAGGCCCCGAGCUGCUGGAAGUUUCUGGACGCCUCACACUCAGAUUGGGGAGGUGGUGCGGAGGGGACGUGGGGUGGGGACACUCGGUGUCCCGGGUAUGGGCGUGCGGCAGGGCCCGUGUUCAGGACUACGUCUGGAGGCAGGGUCGGGAGCACCCCCGCCCCCCGCGUGCGUGAGCCUCUCUCGGGCCCCGGGCGUCCUGCCCCCA